AACACAAUAUUCAGUAAGCCAAGAUGUUUUACAUACAUUUCUUAACUGUUACAUUACUCUUAACAACAACCAGUGUCGUCGUCGGAGAUGAUUUGGACUACUACGAACAACUUAUAAGGGAUAAUUUAGUAGAGGAAACUGCCUAUGUGGCUCCAACGUCUUAUAGAGAAUUCCAGUUGAGCGACGAAAACGCUGAACCAAUUGAAUUUGGGGAGUAUGACUUUAUAAUAGCUGGGGGAGGUACCGCGGGGAGUUUAUUAGCAAGAAGAUUAUCGGAAGUUGAGUCGUGGAGCGUCUUGGUAAUUGAAGCGGGUGGACGCGGGAAUAAUUUCACUGAUAUCCCUGGCAUGAAUAUUCAUUCGUGGUCCACAGACUACAAUUGGGCAUUCAAUACCACUCCACAACGUACGCAGUGUCCAGGUACUCCUGUACGACAAAUGCCGCUGCCACGAGGAAAGGCUCUAGGUGGAAGCACUGUCAUAAACGGUAAUUUAUAUUCACGUGGAUCUGAAUCAGACUACAAUAGGUGGGCAGCCGCAGGCCUACCCAGCUGGUCGUUUGAAAAUGUCCUACCGUAUUUUAAAAAGUUCGAAAAUGCAUCCGCGCUGAAAGGAAUAGAUCGUGACUUACACGGAUUCGAUGGACCACUGGUUGUCGAAAACUAUCAAAACACUAGCCAGAUAUCUGAGACUUUCAUUAGCUCCAUUAAUUCAUUGGGAUAUAACCUUGUUGAUUAUAAUUCAAGAGAUGUCAUUGGUGUAGGAUACGUACAAGCAAGUACCCGAAAUGGAAGGCGAAACAGUGGAGACAAUGCCUUCUUACGUCCAGUCGAUAGGAGAUCUAACCUGAAAUUACAAAUCAAUAGUCUCGCGACAAAAGUGUUGCUUGACGGCAACUGUUCGACUGGAGUUGAAUUUAUUAGCGGAAAUAAAAAGUAUGUGGCGCGAGCUAGAUCCGAAGUGAUUCUGUCAGCUGGCGCUUAUCAGUCAGCACAAAUCCUGAUGCUUUCUGGAAUUGGUCCGCCGAGCGAACUAUCUAGACACAAUAUAUCAGUUAAGCUAGACCUUCCGGUGGGCCGUAAUUAUAUGGAUCAAUAUUCAUAUUUUAUCUCUUGUACGACCAACAUCACAUCCAAUUUGACAGUGAGAGAGUCGAUAGCACAAUAUUUACGAACAGUUGGCCCUUUGACCACAUCCGACGGAACUGAACUGGUAGCAUUUUGCAAUACAAGCUAUACUCCAAUUGAAUACGUAUCCCAAGUGACUAGCAGUAUUUCGUUAGUUAACGGUUCUCUUACAUUCGAUGCUCAAAGGGCAAUUGCCUUCAACACUUACAUAAUGUUGCUGCAUCCAAAAUCUGUCGGGAACAUUCAACUGGCAUCUCCUGAUCCUAUACAGUAUCCCCGAUUAAACCCAAAUUUUCUCCAACAUGACGACGAUCUUGCAACCCUUGUGGAAGCCGCCCAACUUUUAGUCAGAAUAUUACAAAACGAUCAAUUUCAAAAGUUUAACCUUACCAUUUUAAGGGAAAGUUCCUGUAGUAAUUUUGAUUUCAAUAGUAACGAAUAUUGGAGAUGCGUCGCUCGUUGUAUUGGAUUUCCGGGAAAUCAUCCCAGUGGGACUUGCAGAAUGGGUCUAAGUCCUGAAGAUUCGGUUGUUAACGAAAGACUUGUGGUUCAUGGAAUGAGAAAUCUUAGAGUAGCCGAUGCCGGUAUUGUUCCUCUUACUUUGACAGGUCAUAUGUUCGCCACAGCGUACAUGAUAGGAGAGAAAGCAGCAGAUUUUAUCAAACAAGACCAUGGAAUUUUGUAGAUUACUUAACAGUGAAACGGUGCAAUAAAACUAUAAUACAAA